AUGAUCGAUUUAAUGCAAAAGAAUUUCAAACAAUUCAUUGGUUUGGGAUUUAAUUUAUAUAAAGUAGAAGUGAACAGAAAUUUUAAGAUUCAUAACUUGAAUCGAAUUCCUAUUGUUUUCACGUCUGAAACAACUAAAUCACGAAAUGUAUUCAAACGGAUUGAGUUGAGUUCCGGUAGAUAUGCUUUGACACCCAUUUGUUCGGACCCCGAAUUGGAGCUCAUUUUGAGGGUUUUUACCAAUAAGUCGACAAAUUUGAAGGUUCUGAGUCAAGACAUGCCCCGAGAGAAUCUGUUGCCCUUUGUUUCACCAAAAUAUCCCAAAUUUGUGACAAGAAUUACUAUAAUCAGUGCCAAUAUUCUGGAGCGACAGGACAUUUUCGGAUGUAAUUAUUUCGACUUAGAUAACAGUUAUUUCGCGGCCAACCCUUACUGUGUAUUCCGAUGCGGUCGACAAGUCGUCAAAUCGAGUCCAAUCCACGAAACUCUAAACCCUGAGUGGGAUUACUUCAGUGCUAUCUUCUAUCACAACAAAUUUAUAUCGAUUAAUGUCGAGUUAUGGCACCACAAUCUCCUGAUUGACUAUUUCAUGGGUCGGGUCGAAGUGUUGCCUAAAAUCAAUACAAACGCUGAGAAUUUGACAUCAAUUCAAGAGUUGGAACUCUUUAGUCGUAAGAAAGAGAGGAAAGUGACGGGUUCUGUGAAACUCCAAGUCUUCACUUACGAAAAUCUGCUACUUUUGUAACUCUAUUCAUGAGUACAUAAACCUAACGUCAGAACAGUUAUGAAGAUCUGAUUCCUCUUCAGUUCACUUUCCAUUCACUUCUAAAUGAGAUCUCAUUUUUGAC